UUUCGCGCUAAAUUUUGAUAGUUUAUGAUUGUAAAGAAGAGAUAUUGUUAAAAUCGUCUCUUGAAAACUAAUAUUAGCAAUGGGACAGCUAGUAUCAACUGUAUUGUCCUCAGUAGGAUUGUAUUCCUGUCCAAAAUACUGCGAUGAUGUCCUCUAUUUCAAGAAACUUGGCGAUAAAGCGAUAGCUCCAACACGAGGGUCUGUUCACUCGGCUGGCUAUGACUUGUAUAGUGCUUACGARGUGACAAUCCCAGCUCAAGGAAAGGCUCUCGUAAAGACUGAUAUUUCAGUUGCUAUACCUGAUGGAUGUUACGGCAGAGUAGCACCAAGAUCCAGUUUGGCUUUGAAGUACCAACUUGAUAUUGGUGCUGGAGUGAUUGAUAGAGAUUACCGUGGCAAUGUUGGUGUUGUUAUGUUCAACCUUGGACAAACAGAUUAUCAAGUUCAUCAGGGAGAUCGUGUUGCACAACUUGUUAUUGAGAGAAUAAGUCUUCCAUCUUUGGUYGAGGUAGAGGAACUAGAUGAUACAGAUAGAGGAGCUGGUGGAUAUGGAUCAACUGGAAAAUAAAAGCUAUAAUUGUAUUGUAUCUGUAUAGAAUAUCCAUGUAGACUCCAUAAAAGCUGCUAAGGUGUGAUCUUGUGCACCUUAGAGUAAUGCUUGUAAAGUGUCUGUUCAUGAAAAUUUGUAAUGUAUAAAGCAUGUGCAUGAUAUAGGCUUAAGUAUCAUACACAUUAAAAAGCAUUAAUUGAACUCA